GCCGAACACGGCCGACCACGGCUGAUCGAGGCCACGACUUGUUGGAUCCUGGUGGGGGGGCGAUGACGGGGGGUGCAGGGAGCCGCAGUGGGGGGGGGUCUGGGGGUGCCCAAUUAAACCCGCUGUUCGAGAAGGAGAUGGCGAAGUUGAGGCAAGGGAACAUUGUUUGGAACUUCUUCACCGCGGGCCAGUACGUCGGGGACCAGUCCAAGAUGCACGGGGAUCGAAAGUUGCGUUGCAACUUAUGCGGCCACUUGUUUCAGGGGGGGUCGUCGAAGGCCGCGCGUCAUUUCACGCAGUCGAAGUUCUGCAAGGCUGGGGGGAUGAGAGUUCUCGCGGAAGUCUGGAACGACAUAGACUACAAAUUUGUGCCGUCAACUGCUCAGCGCGUGCACAGGUGGAUGGCAGACAAGGGCAUACGAUACACGAGAGCGCCCGCGGGUGGCCAGAGACAACGGAUGGACGACGCAGAGAGGGACGACAUUCAGGACGCCCUCGAUGAGGAGGAGGGCCGCGAGGGUGGGGCCAGGGAGGGGGCGGUUGCAGACGAGGCAAACGAGGUAGUUGGAGAGCCUAACGUGCCAGUGGAGGAGGUGGUGAUGACGUCGAGAGGCGUCGGUCGAGCGGGUCCGGCUACUAGGGCGCCGCGAGCUGAGGUGGAGCGCGCGAGAAGGGAGAAGAGGACAGUGGGGCAGGUUGGCGUCGAGGUGCUUGGCACAGGCAGGGAGAAGAGGGCUCGGCAGACCACGAUUGAGGAGAUGUACGCCAGGGAGAAGUUAGCCGAGUUCAUAGAUGCGUGGCUUCAGUGGAUCUACGUGAAGAAGUUGCCAUUCAACGCCUUCCGUGGUCCGGAGUUCCAGAGGGUGCGGCAGGCAGCAGAGAGAGUGCCUCGCUCUAUCCAGUUUCGGUUUCCUUCCUACAGGGUUACAGCGGGCGCCAUUAUCCCUUCGCAGAGGGCGAAGGUGGCGACGAUGGUAAGCAAGGUGCGCGCCACUUUCCGGCACAGCGGUGCCACUAUCCUUUCUGACGGGAGGAAGUCGCGCAGCGGCAAGCCGCUUGUGAACUUCCUCGCCGGGGGCGCCAAUGGCACCCUGUUGUACGCCACCAUCGCACGUGACGGGUCGUUCCGAGACACAGCGGACGUUGUGUACCGUAGGUGGCGGGCCAUCAUCUUGUCCUUUCCUCCAAAGCACGUGAUCGGCUUCAGCACAGACUACGCGUGUAACUAUACGGCGGCAGCGCGCAGGUUCGCUACAGACCCCGAGCCUGACUUUAGGAGGAUCACUUGGCUCCCUUGCUCCACCCAUGUCUGCAACUUGAUGUUGUCAGAUAUCACGACACGAGUGGUGUGGGUCAAGGAGACCAUCAUCCGCGCUCGAGCGCUUGUGCGAUUUAUUAUAUCGCACGGCGCUGCUCACACCCUGUUUAGGAAGGUGGGCCCUCACGUUCAGCUCGUCGAGCCCGUUGAGACACGGUUUGCAUCGGUUUUCUUGAUGUUGACGUGUCUCAAAGGCCGACGAGAUGCGUUGGAGAGCAUGUUGCACGGGGAUGCUUGGGCACGCAUCCCUUGGGAUCGCGACCACGUAUCUCAGGCGAAGUGGGUGCAGAAGCAGAUCCGGGACGGGGAGUUUUGGCAGCGUGUCCAUUACGACAUCCUAGUCAUGUCGCCUGUCCACCAGCUGUUGCGCAGGAUGGAUAGAGGUGGGAUGAUGAUGUCCGUCAUUUACGAGUGAAGUCAGCAUCUGCUGCAGUUGAUGAGCAGGGUCGACGUGCCGACGGACAUGA